UUUUUUGAGAGAGAGAGCACAUGUGCAUGAGUGGGGGUGGGAGUUGGGGAAGGGGGGUAAGGGCAGAGGGAGAGGGAGAAGCAGACUCCCCACUAAGCAGGGAGCCAGACACGGGGAUCCAUCCCAGGACCCCAAGAUCAUGACCUGAGCUGAAGGGAGAUGCUUAACUGACUGAGCCACCCAGGCAUCCCUUGAUUUUUUUUUUUUUUUUAAGUAAUUUCUACACCCAGCAUGGGACUUGAACCUACAACCCUGAGAUUAAGAGUUGCAUGCUUUACAAACUGAGCCAGCCUGGCACCCCCUCAUAUGAACUUCUUUGACUCUAGAAGUUCACAAGUGAAAUAAGGAGGCAGGAAGGGAGCUGAAUAUCUUGAAUCUGGAAGUAGAGGAGGUGGUCUCUCUUGGAGGGGUAAAGCAGAGCCAGGGGUAUAAGACCACACCCCCUUGGGGGACUGUGGCAGAGUGAUACUUGGGACACCCAAUGGAAGACUGUGAUGUCAGGGGCGGGGCUAGCUCCGGGUGUGGGGGGGCACCCAGGAGCCCCAACAGCAGUUCAGAGCAUGCGGUGUCCAGGAGGAAGCUACAACCGGUGAGUGGUUGCUUCUCCCCAGCUGAGACUUUCCUCCCAUUAUACCCUUUUUCUAUCCACUUCCUGCCAGCCUGUAGCCUUCUUCCUGAGGUAUCCAAGUAGUAAUCCUCCCCCCAAGGGUCCUUAUUCAUGGUGACCCCACACUGAGGAAUAUGCCUGCUGGGCACUGAAACACUUAGGUCUGUCUGUUAAUAUCUGGGUUCCCAGGUCUCUUCUUAAAAGCAAUUGUGGUAGUUAUGAUGUCUGAUAAAUUUCUGCCUUGUUGGCUCUUUCUAUUCUUUACUCUUGGCUUAUGAAAAACAAAAUUAAACCACCUCCUUAUCCUAAUCUGGAGAGAAAAUAGCCUCCCCUUCUACAGUUCCCAUUUUCCUUUUUCCAUGCUUCCUAAGGGGUCAAAACCUCCUCCAAAAUCUCUCCCUGUCCUUGAGUUGGGAACAUUCUCUUCUGUGGCUUCUGCACCUGCUCUCUCAACCCACUGGAUGAGAUUUUCUUCUAGGUCCUUCUCUGAAGACAUGUUCUAGAAGUUUCAGCCAUAGGGAGAUAACCAAUUGGUGUCUUAGAGCAUGCCCUCCUGCACCCAUGACCUCAGUCUUACUGCCCUUUCUGCCUCUCAAGACUACUCAGCUCCAUGUGAUAGGGUGGGGGUGGAGGUGGCACUAGCUUCCUCAACUCUCCCAUGAAGCUCUGUCUUGCUCUGUCCCUAACUGCCAGGGCUGAUGGGGGUCUUAUGGCGAUUUCUUUGGAAAGAAGAAAGCCUGGCGCACUCCAAGGUCUUUCCCUGCAGAAGAGCUUAGAGUAGCAGAAGUAUCAGCGUCUGCUCUCUUUUAAGUCAGAGACUGGCAGGACCCAUCUAUACUAGCCUUAAACUCACUAUUUGCUAUGGUCGCUAACUGCCUGGUCCUUACUCUUUAAGUCCUGAAUAUGGUCUAAUUUCCAUUCUCCUGACACCUCCACCCUCAGCCCUACCCCCUGCUCCGUUAUGAUUCUGGAUAAGCUCAGGUCCUCUUUUGGGUUAGUUUAUUUGUUCCAUUCAGGGCAGAGAGAGCUCUGAACCAGCAACUCAUUCUUUCUCCCCUCACCUCCACAGGCUUGAGAAUAUGCUGUUCCUCCCUCCCCUUUCCACCAUGGACCCCACACUAUGGCCUUUCUUUCAGAUCUUCUGAGAUUGGUACCCAGGCAAGGCACAAUGCCCCUGUUCCCGACAAGACUGCCUAGCCCCUAUUGCUCUGAUCGACUGGUACGGCUAGCAGCCAGGCUCCGGCCAGCACUAUGUGAUACCUUGAUCACUGUGGGGAGCCAAGAAUUCCCUGCCCACAGCCUGGUGCUGGCAGGCGUGAGCCAGCAGCUGGGCCGCAGGGGCCGCUGGGCUCUGGUCAAAGGCAUCAGCCCUUCUACCUUUGCCCAGCUUCUGUACUUUGUUUAUGGGGAGAGUGUAGAGCUGCAACCUGGGGAACUGGCACCCCUUGAGGAAGCGGCCAGAACUUUGGGGGUGCAGUCCCUAGAAGAGGCAUGCAGGAGAGCUCGACAGGACAGGGCUAGAGAACUGGGUACAGGGCUCAAGGAACAUCAGGAGGAGCCAGAGAAACCUAUAAGGGGUUCUGAGAGAGGAUUGGAGGGACAUGGAAAUCAGAGACCAGAGAAAUUUGUUAGAGCUGGUUGGAGAGAACAAGAGACACUGCAUGAGCAAAGAACACAAAGAGAGAGGCUGGAGAGAGCAGAGGCAAUGCAGGAGGGUUCGAGGGAGCAGAUGAGAUCAAAGGAGAAAUUCAAGCAAUCCCCUGUUGGCCAUGGUGGAACAGAUGGAAAACAAGAAGUAAUUAUGUGGGUGACGGAGAGUCCAGGGGGCUCUGAGGAAAGUCUGCGGGAGUUCCCUGGCCCCUUCCCCCCACCAGGUUGCCUCCAAAGCAGCGUCAUUCCUAGGCCCUGGUGGGCUGAGGCCCCUUGGUUGGGGGAGGGCCAGCCUGCCCUGUGGAGCAUCCUGCUGUUGCCACCCAGAUAUGGCACUCCCUUCUCCCAUAGCACCGCCAUCACUGGAGCCUGGCGGGAGGUCUGGCCACAGGACCAGAGGAUCCCACUGACCCUGAACCUCGAGAAAGGUCUCUGGAACCAGAACCAGUUGGGCUCCUCCAGUCCUGCCCCAGGUGCCCUCCCCCAGUGCCCCACAAAACUCAGCCCUGGGGAGAUGGAAGAGUCUGAUCAGAGGCACACAGGUCCACUUGCCACCUGUGUGGGUCAUGUGAGUACAGCAGGCCCAUCACGCCAACAACCUCCCCCACCCCCACCUGCUCGGUCCCGGCCCCAUUCUUGUUCUGUCUGUGGAAAAAGGUUCUCACUCAAGCAUCAGAUGGAGACGCACUACCGAGUCCACACAGGAGAGAAGCCCUUCUCCUGUAGCCUCUGCCCCCAGCGCUCCCGGGACUUCUCAGCCAUGACCAAGCACCUGCGCACGCAUGGGGCCGCACCCUACCGCUGCCCUCUGUGCCGGGCCGGCUGCCCCAGCCUGGCCUCCAUGCAGGCGCACAUGCGUGGCCACUCGCCCAGCCAGCUCCCACCUGGAUGGACCAUUCGCUCCACCUUCCUCUACUCCUCUUCGAGGCCGUCCCGGGCCUCGACCUCUCCCUGUAGGUCCCCUUGCUCCACCACUUGAUGGUGUUGGCAGCUUCUUUGGCUUAAAGAAUGAAAGACGGGCUGAUGGGCUGACUAGGCUUCUGACCCAGCACCGCAGUUACGGCAGCCUAGCAAAUUUGGCUCCAAGAAGCACAGCAAGAAAGGCGCUGAAAGCCGCCUCCCAGAUGACCGCAGGCCCCAGAAGCCUGGGCCAGCGAGCCCGUGUGGGGUGUGGGCAGUAAAGCUUGCACGAGUGAAAAUUAACUGUGCGGGGGCUGGUGAUUCAUCAUCAAAAUAAAGUUUCCUGUGCCCUCCUCUCACGAUCAGAAGCCGAGUCCAGACUUUAGUCUGUGAGCAGUGAGGGAAGGAGGGCAGCCUUGCCCCUUGUCCUGUGGCGGCCCCUGGUGGCCGUGCAUCCACUGUUCAGCGCGGGGGCCGCCUCCUUCUCCCCGGUCUCCCUGUCCUCCCCCAGAGGUAGGGGCCCGCGAGGGCCGCGAAGUCCAGGUUGAUUUAGCAGCAAGCCCUGUUGGAAGGCUGAUUUAGCAGCAAGCCCCGCUGAAAGAGGCACUGAGAAACCAAGUUAUUCGCCCCUUCCACAGCAAGCAACGGUGCGCAGAAUCUGAGUCUGGGACCCCCAGCCCGGGGCUCCAGGAACGCGUGCUCCACCCUACUUGCAGCCACCCUCCUCCUCUCCUUGAGCACAAGGACCGCAAGGCUGCGGCUCUCGAGCCUCUUCCCUCCAUGCCUUGCAGACCCGCAGCCGGGUGGCGUCUCCAACCGAGACUACUCCUUCGCCGCGGCCCCUUUCCCAGCCCACGCCUCCGGCAAGUCGCGAACUGCAUUUCCCAGGGUC